AUGUUGGUUGAGAACAGCGACAAGAUCAGCAAAUUGUACAGCCGUACCUUUCAGGCUGAACGUGAUACCGCCGAGGUUGAGCGUCAGCUUGCCUCUGUUGAAGGCCAGCAAGAGGAACUUAGCCAUUGGCUCGAUCACUAUGAACGUGUUCUGAACGACAUGGCCGCUAAGGCUGGUGGUGUUGACAGCGGUGUUGAUGCUGAGCGCGAGAGAACGUACGUAUAUUCCGACAUCUCCCUAAAAGGACACAUGCUAACUAUUGCCACAGUUACCAGACUGCCGAGCGCUGCUCUGCUCGCCUGA